GACAUACCUCUUUCCAAGCAGUUAAUCCUAGGACUUUGAGACUUGUUCCGUAAAUCCGUGGUCCCUCGAGUAUGCAACUGCCUCCAGAGUCCACGGUUAGGAGGAUUUACCGCGUCGGGGCUAAGGUAUAACCCGUCGACCGACUCUCGCAGUUCAGACCAUCAGUAAGGUACCGCAUGGUACAGCUAGGUUAACCCACUCGGAAAGCAGCGAUUACAGAGCAUUAUAUAAAGAGUGCCCCUCCCGCUAAGAACACUACCCUUUCCAGAUAAAUCCGGGGUGCCAGAUAUUAAAGACAGACAAGACGAGCAGACGGAAAGCUGCGAAAACCUCAAUUGGGCAACCGAAAAGAAAUUUGGACUCUUGCUGUUUCUCUCAUCUGGACCACGCAAAAUUAGCAAGUAACAAUGGCUCAAAUUACACCAGAGCUCCUGGAUCUCACGAUCGACAACAUCACACCCAACACUGUUCGCAUCAACUCGCAGUGCGACAAUGCGCGACUCAAGUACCUCAUGGAACGGCUGGUCAACCAUUUGCACGACUUUGCGCGGGAGACGCGGUUGAGCACCGACGAAUGGAUGACGGCGCUGAAUUUCCUCGUCGGCUGCGGACAGCUCAGCAGCGAAGUGCGGCAUGAGUUCAUUCUCCUCUCCGACAUCCUAGGCCUCUCCAUGCUCGUCGACGGCAUCAACCACCCCAAGCUGCCCGACACUACCGAAGGCUCCAUCUUGGGACCAUUCCAUACACACGAUGCGCCGACUCUAGAGAACGGAGCUAAUAUGUCGGGAGAUCCCGAGGGCGAACCGCUGCUGGUUUUGUGCACGGUCAAGGACCGACAAGGUAACCCCAUCUCCGGGGCCAAGAUUGACAUCUGGGAGACGGAUAGCAGUGGUCACUACGACGUGCAGCAUGAAGGUAGGACAGAAGCGAGCGAGCGCUGUGUCAUGGUCUCGGAUAAGGACGGCCGCUUCUUUUUCCAGGGAAUCAAGCCCGUGAGCUACCCAGUCCCCAAUGAUGGGCCGGUUGGAAAGCUGCUGUUGCUGCUUGGGCGUCAUUGCUGGCGGCCAGCGCAUCUACACUUCAUGUUCCAAAAGGAAGGCUGGGACCCCUUGAUCACCGCGCUCUAUAUCCGGGGAGACCCCUAUGAGAAAUCGGAUGCGGUUUUUGGUGUCAAGAAGAGUCUCAUUAUCGACCUCGAUAAGGUGGACAGGGCGACGGCGGAGGAAUACAGCAUCAAGGAGGGUAGCUGGUUACUGAAGCAGGACUUUGUGCUGGUGUCGGAGAAGGAGACGCAGAAGCUGCGGGACAAAAAUGCCGUCGAAGCCUUGGGAAAGCUGGGCCUGACUCAUCUGAAGCUUGUCGACCAUCUGCCGGUGCCAGAGCUGGACUAACGACUGUCGAGUUGUAUUGAAAAUUCAAGUCUUGUAAUUUCCAAUUCGUGACUCUGCGAUCAAGUAACUCGCGCGCUUCGGCACCGAAGCUGUAGCUCAACCGUGCCAGCCUGAAGUGUUCUCUUCGUAGAAUUGUGUUGGUGGACAGGGACAGGCUAGUCAGCUCCCAGUGACGUAUCGUGGACCCGCAUCCGGAGACUUGUGA